AGAAGGCUGCAAAUUUUCUUCUGCUUUAAGCUCCCGCUCUGCGAGUGUUUGUGGUUACAGCUCUGUGCUGGCGAUUUCUGACCUGCUGUUUGGCUGCUGUGUUUGUCGUGUCGUGAAAUAAGUCCCCAGCAGUGCACACAAACCCUUUCAACCCAGGCACUGCCUCCACCUCUGGGCUCUUCCCUUGGACUUACAGACUGCGGGGUCUUUUUGGGCGCUCGGAGUCUUCUGGAAGGCAUAAAGGAAAGGAGCAGAGCGUGUUGGAGACAGCAGCAGAACAGAGGCACAGCUUAGAGCUGCAGGAGCAGGAGGUUGGGCAGCGAUGACGGCCAGAUUUAAUGGGGAGGAGCCAGGGCGAGCACGGCGCUGGGGCUCAGCGUUUGGCUUCAGUCAAUGCACUGGGUGCGUGGAUGCGGCAGAGAAAUAAAUGAGGAGUCAUAGCGAAGACAUCUUUGCAGCCAAGGGAAAGGGAACUGACGUUGGGGAUCGCUGGAGCGGGGAGCAGAGGGAGCCUGCCGGGUCUGGCUUCCACCCGCAGCAAGCUAACAUCUGGGCACAGCAGCUUCCCGGAGCCCUUUCUGCCGCUGCACGUCGCCUUCUUUGGCGGCCAUGGAGUCGAAUGGCAGUUUCCUCGGUUGCAACAGCUUGAAAGAUGACAAGGACCUGAAGUUCCUCUUGAAAGGCAGCCAGCUGCUAAAAGUGAAGUCAAGCUCUUGGAGGAAGGAGCGGUUUUAUAAGCUCCAGGAGGACUGCAAAACCAUAUGGCAGGAAUCAAAGAAGAUGCUGAGGUCUCCAGACUCACAGAUCUUCUCUAUUGAAGAUAUUCGGGAUGUGAGGUCAGGCCAUAAAACAGAAGGUAUGGAAAAAUACGCCAAGGAUGUACCAGAGUAUCGCUGCUUUUCCAUCAUUUUCAAAGACCAGCGGAAAAACCUGGACCUCAUUGCAAGUUCAGAGGAUGAUGCCAACCACUGGGUCUGCGGCCUUGGGAAAAUCAUAGCCCACAGCAACUCCAUGAACCAGAAACAGAAACUCCAACAUUGGAUUCACACCUGCCUGCGGAAAGCUGAUAAGAACAAAGACAACAAGAUGAGCUUUAAAGAACUCAAGAACUUCCUGAAAGAAGUGAACAUUGAAGUUGAUGACUAUCAUGCCAAGGCAAUUUUCCAGCACUGUGACAAGUCCAAAACAGAGGCUCUGGAGGAUGAUGAGAUAGAGGAAUUUUACAAGAUACUAACAGAGAGAAAGGAAAUAGACAAAAUCUUCCAGAAGUACUCAGAUGCAGAAGGGCUCAUGUCCUGCCAGAACCUGGUGAGGUUCCUCUAUGAGACACAGCAAGAAGAAGAUGCUGUUGUUGCUGCCCCUCCCUUGAUUCAGAGAUACGAGCCCAGUGAACGAGCCAAGAAGCGUAACGCCAUGACCAAAGAUGGUUUCCUGAUGUACUUGCUGUCUGAUGAUGGGAAUAUAUUCAACGCCUCCCACCGUAAAGUUUACCAGGACAUGAAUCAACCUCUCAGUCACUACUUUGUAUCAUCCUCACACAAUACCUACCUUAUGGAUGACCAGCUUACAGGCCCUAGCAGCACAGAAGCCUACAUCAGAGCCCUCACCAAAGGUUGCCGCUGUGUGGAGUUGGACUGCUGGGAUGGCCCUAACUCGGAACCUAUCAUUUAUCAUGGCUACACUCUCACCUCCAAGAUCCUCUUCUGUGAUGUCAUUAAGGCUAUCAAGAACUAUGCUUUCAAAACUUCACCAUACCCUGUCAUCAUCUCCCUGGAGAACCACUGCAGCCUCGAUCAGCAGAAGGUCAUGGCUCGGCACAUGACAACCAUUCUGCAGGACAUGCUCCUGGUCGCCCCGAUUGAUGGAAGCAAAUCCCAGUUCCCCUCCCCAGAGCAACUGAAAGGGAAGAUCCUUGUGAAAGGCAAGAAGCUGAGCAGACAGGAAGACCCCACUGGGACAAAUGGGAACAACAACCUGGAGGCUGAGGAUGUCUCUGAUGAAGAUGAAGCAGCUGAAAUGGAAGAUGAAUCUGUGAAGACAGAGGUGCAGCAGAAAGGGAAGAGUGACACCCUCAAGCUGGCCAAAGAGCUGUCAGACACAGUUGUCUACUGCAAGAGUGUUCAUUUCAAUGGCUUUGAAGACCCCAGCCACCCUCGAGCUUUCCAUGAGAUGUCAUCAUUCACAGAGAGCAAAGCUCUGAAACUAGCUCAGGAGUCUGGAAACAGUUUUAUUCUUCAUAACAUCAGGCACCUGAGCCGAAUAUACCCUGCAGGCUGGAGGACAGAUUCUUCCAACUACAAUCCUGUUGACUUGUGGAACGUCGGCUGCCAGAUUGUUGCCCUAAAUUUCCAGACAGGAGGCACAGAAAUGGAUGUCUACCAGGGCCGGUUCCAGGACAAUGGGUUUUCUGGGUAUGUCUUAAAGCCAGAAUUCCUCCGGGAUGAGCAAACCAAAUUCAAUCCAAAAUCCAUCACAGAAGGAACAUGGGGGACAAAGAAGAAGCUUCUACUUAAAAUCAUCUCUGGUCAGCAGCUGCCCAAAGUAAACAAGAGCAAAAACUCAAUCGUUGAUCCCAGGGUAACAAUUGAGAUCCAUGGCGUCCAGCAGGAUAACAACAAGAAGCAGACCAAAGUCGUUGAAAAUAAUGGCUUCAACCCAAAUUGGGACGAAGAGUUUACAUUUGACAUAGAGAUCCCUGCGCUUGCCCUGGUCCGAUUUGUGGUAGAAGACUUUGACAUGUCAACCAAGAACGACUUCAUUGGGCAGUAUACUGUUCCCUUCACCAGUCUGAAGCAAGGUUACCGCCAUAUUCACCUUCUGACCAAGAAUGGAGACCCCUACUCCUCCUCCACCCUCUUUGUGUAUGUCAACAUCCAGGACUGUGAUUAGCAGCUCAGCUCUUUCAGGGUGCGUUGAACCAUCUUACAGACCUACAAGGAACUCAGCACGUCAUCUACCACUGUCAGGGUCCCAUCAAACCCACAGUGCCUUCUCCAGAGCAGCACACGGUGCCCAUGGGGUCUUGAUGUAAAAUAGCCAUCGACUCCCUCCCUCCUGCGAGUUGGAAACAUCCUAAUGCUGCUGUUGAGAUUAACCCUUUUGUACAUGUUCAACCAAUCCAGCUGUGUUUUUGAGUUCACUUUAUAUAGUGUGGUUUUUAAUUCUGCUUUUAGAAAGAGGAUAGAGACUCCUUUUUAGCUAAUCCUGGUUUGGGUUCGGUCACACAUCUGGACAAAAUACCUGACACCUAUGCAAGAAAAACCCACUUUGACACUGAAAGCAGGAGCCAGACACCAGGUGACUUCUUGCAACUUCAGCUGUCAGCCAUCCUUUACCAUAUGAAGUCUUAAAGGAGGACAUGAUUCUCCUCUUAUCUGUUACAGAUUAAAACAAGAAAGCUGCACUACAAAGGGCCGUGUUAUAUAACUUGACUUUCUUUUUGUAUUAUAAUAAAAAAUACAUGAAUACUGCUCUGCCUGUGUGCCUGGCUUCCAGCCAGCUCGCUUUGCAUUCAGAGCCUGGCUCUUAUUCUGUGAAGGAGAACAAAACUGCCGAACAGCAGAUUUCCCUCUAUCCCAAAAUGAAGCCCACUCCCAGGGACCUCAGAGAUGAGAGUGGAAAUAAAUACACUGAACUGACAGUAGGGCUAUUUUGUUUUGUUUUGUUUUUAUAGGAAAAUCUCUUUUUUAACCCAGAGGAAGCAGUGGUGGAAAGAGUUUUAAAUGUUAGCUUGAUCCCAUUGCACUGCAGAAGUAACCCAGCACAAGCAGACAAAAGCAUUUUGAACAACAACCCAGUAUUUAUGGCAAAAGGUGUUUUUUGUUUCUUUGUUUUUUUCUAGCACAACAGUGGAGUUAAGUGAAUAUUGUUGAAAUAAAAUAAUAUAUAUUUUGAAGCUCCAAUGAUGUUACAAGCACUGUGUUAGACUAUUAAAAAAGUAUCUGGAAAAGUCCAAUUACUUGUCACUGUUUGCCUCUUUGGUUUACCCGGAUGCAACAUGCACGAACUUAGAGACAAACCCACUAAAUUUCUUUUGUCAGUCUUGGGGGUUUGUAUGGCUGGAGUUGGAGUGGGUGGGCUGCUACCAAAAUGGUUCAUUGCCUUUUAAGCAAAUUCCAAUCCACAUCUUUUUUGAGUCUAAAAUAGCGUGGAUUUAGUGAUCUUUUAGCCCACUGCAAAACAGGGCUUCCUUCAGUCCAACCUGGAGUUUAUUAUGCUGUAAUCGUUGGACAAACUGAUUUUUCCUCCUCACUAUAAUAAUCUGUGAUGCUGUAAACCACUGCCAGAUUAAAUGUGAAUUAUAUCCACACCCAAAAGGCUGAAAUGGAAUUAAUUGCCAGUGACUGAAAGAGUUUGUGAGCAGCAUAGGCCUCUAAGGCAGAUCUGGGAGUCCUAGAGUGAUACAGGAUCUGAGGGCAAGGGCUGGGAGGAGCAGCUGAGGUCCUUGGGGGUCCCUUCCAACUUGGGAUAUUCUGUGUUUCUGGUAAACAUUAUGGUAGCAGGAACUAAAGCAAAAUGGAACAAACUGGCCUCAUCUCCUUCAUCUGGCUGGAUUCCUGCUGCUCUCCAUUCAAUUACGUGAUGCUCAUUAGGAUCGUAGGCAAGGCAAUAGGUGGAAUUGCUGCAUUUUAUCACAGAAUCAUAGUGUAAAGAUCAUAGAACUCCAACUCCUCUGCUGUGGGCUGGUUGCCUCCUACCAGUUCAGGCUUCCCAGGGUCCCAUCUAGCCUGGCCUUGAGCAUCUCCAGGGAUGGGGCACCCGCAGCUCUCUGGGCACAUUAUGAAGCGGCACAUGCAAUUAAUUAAUAUGGGAGCUGGCAGCAGCACACCACAGCAGGGUGCUAUAAAUAUUGUACAUAAAUUGCUGCUUCCAGCUGUGCUGAUAGUGGUUGGAGCAGAGAAAAGGUGCAGCGGUUGUAUCAAUCGUGAGCACAGUGGGAGCAAUCACACAGCUGAUGUGGGUCAUUUGUGUCUCUGCUUGGCUCCUACCUGCAUGUAAGGGGUAUUGGGCUGGACCCUUGAGCAGAAAUGGACCAAGUUGCUGGCUGGAUCAUGGAAGUAAUGAUGGUAUUGCAGCUGAUGUAACUGCCAAUUCUCAAACACAAAGAUCUGUCCAGGUCCCUGCCUCCAGCCUGACCCGAUGGUGAUGCUUCAGCAUUGCAGUGUGGUCCUGGGUGCUGCAUGAGAGCUCUCUGCUCCUUGACCACCAGCUGUCAGCAGCUCCUCAUCUCCCAUACGGUGUAGGGCCUUCAGGACCAGAGCCCACAUGCUGGGGAGGCAUGAUUAGCACAUGACUGGUGAGGCACUGGCACAAUGCCUAGAGAAGUCAUGGAUGCCACAUCUUUGGAGAUACCUAAGGGGCUCUGAGCACCUGAUGGAGCUGUGGGUGUCAUCUCUCUUCAUUGCAGGGGAAUUGGAGCAGAUGGCCUUUAAGGGCUUCGAUGAUUGUGAUGUUUGUUCUUUCCUCCUAAAAACUGUUUUAAAUUCCAUGAAAGAAAUAGCAAUGGCUCUGCAGUGCUUUUCUCUACCACCAUCCAAUUGCACACACUGAUCAAGGACACCUCCAAUGGUGCUGUUGGCUGUUUAUUUGGAAUCAUCAAUCAGGCUGGAAAUGGAGUAAAGCUUUAAAACCACAUCUUCUGUUUUUUUUAAACAUAGGUUUUUCCUCCUUUCUUACACAGUUGCAUCCCUUCAUCCCUCUUACUCACAUUUCCCUCUCCACUCUGAUUGAGCUCAAUGUGGAACCAGCAUCCUCAGCCCACGGACGUCACAGGGAUGGAGCUCUCCACUGGGACACGCUCUGGUCAUCAUCCUCCAAACCCUCCUGGCUUCAUCAAGGCUCUGCUCUGCGGGCAGGUGCACUCAUGCUUACCCCCACCCAGGGCCAGGUGAGAUUGGAGAUGCAAAGUCUUGUUGGGCAGUCAAAAUCAAAAGCUGCACCUAGCCCCAAAUCUCAUCAUCU